AAUACACAAAGAAGAAAAUCGCGACGACGUCGAAGGUGUGUGAAAACCUCUGCGUAAGAAAAAAGAACAGUAAAACGGGUCGGUCGGAUUGUUCGAUAGAUAUAGUGGCAAACGGGGACGAAAAAAAUGUUUUAAUUUAACGGGUCCAACUCGAUCGUUUGCCUCCGCGCACUAGUUCUCCAGCUGUAACCUUCGAGAACUAGUUUUGGAUUACGGUGGAUCACAAAUCGAUCCGGAAGCGAGUUUUUCCUGCAACUUUGUGGCUGCUGCUUGAAGUGAAAACGCAAAGAAAAUCUUCCCCUUCCUUUUCCUCCGCCCUGUUCCUAACUUGUAUUUUUGUGUGCAUCACCACCAGCAUCAAUGACCUGAUCUCGGAGACGGCCAGUGUAUGAGUUUUUUGUGGAAUUAUAUUUAAAUAUCCUUACUAAAUAGCGAAACGAUUUGGAACCGUGUUGUCCCGUUGCGGUGGCGUCAGUGGAACCUCGCAUAAGCCCGUGUGUGCAUACUGAUCAUCGUCUGCGGGAGUUUUCAUCGCGGCGCGAGAGCGUCUCAAAUUCCAAGAGUCAACUUGGUCGGUCGGACAUCGGAGCCUGAAAAUCAGCAUCGUUUGGUGUUACAGAUUACUCGACAUUGAAAAUCUUCACAGCAACUAUGGAUAUUCUUUCGGUAUCGCAAGUAAAUGGAUUAACAACGCCCCGAAAGAAGGAUAUCGAUCCGAAGGAGAACCUUUGGUCCGCAAUCCUCAGUGAAGUACAAACGCAAAGCAGCACCAAACUACCUACGAAUAAAUCCGUGCUCGUACUGGGCGACAAUGCUAGCGGUAAAACGACACUAAUCGCAAAACUGCAGGGCGUGGAAGAUCCCAAAAAGGGAUCCGGUCUAGAGUAUGCAUACAUCGAUGUACGAGACGAGUACCGAGACGAUGUAACCCGCCUAGGCGUGUGGAUACUGGAUGGUGAUCCCGGCCACAACAAUCUGCUCAAAUAUGCACUGCACGAGCUGAACUACGCACACACCCUGGUCAUUCUGACGCUAUCGAUGACGACACCGUGGAGCUGGGUGGAUCAGCUUCAGCACUGGAUCAAGAUAUUGGAUGAUCACAUAGCGGGACUGAAAAUCGAACCGGAGGAAAAACAACAAUGCCGCCAGCGGUUGGUCACUGUAUGGCAGAGUUACUGCGACACAAUCGACGAGCUGGAGCCAGGCUCACCCAUCAAGCGCACCAACCGUCUCUCCUCGGUGGAUGACGAUCUGGAUGCGCUGCCACUUCCCGAAGGUGUACUAACGACCAAUUUGGGCUUAGAUGUAGUUGUUGUUGUAACGAAAACCGACUACAUGACCACACUGGAGAAGGAGCUCGACUACCGGGAUGAGCACUUUGACUUCAUGCAACAGUGGAUUCGUCGGUUCUGUCUAAUUUACGGAGCGUCGCUGUUCUACACGAGUGUGAAGGAAGACAAAAAUUGCGACUUGCUGUAUAAAUAUCUAACGCAUCGAAUCUACGGGUUACCAUUCCGUACACCCGCACUUAUCGUGGAGAAAGACGCCGUGCUAAUACCUGCUGGUUGGGACAACAUGAAAAAGAUCAAUAUACUGUACGAAAAUAUGCAGUCAUGUAAGCCAGAUGAUUACUACAAUGAUAUUAUUGCACAACCGCCUUCUAGAAAGACUGUCUCCAACCGAGAGGUUGAGGUUCAAACUGAAGAAGAACAGGCCUUCCUCACCCGACAAUUGAUGCUUCUGCAGCAGGGACAAACACCGACGCGGGGGGAGUCCCCGAUGCGAUCACAGGGUAGUGCCGGCAAAACGACACCACGGACCCCGGGUUCGGCGGGUGCGCAAGGCUCGCCAAAAAAGGUCGAUGGCAAGCUCAAUCCAGGCACGCCCAGCGGCGAAGGUGUUCUGGCGAAUUUCUUCAACUCACUGCUACAUAAAAAGUCUGGCUCACCGUCCGGUGCCACCCUGCCGGGGUCUACCAUCUCGCCGAGGGCAACGAACGGGGGCGAUCUGGUGUCGAGCAGCGAAAAAAUUUCCAUGCGAACCGAUGCUGCCAUGGAGUUGGACCGUUUGACGCGUAGCGUCAAAAAGGAUCUGGACUUUUCGGCACAAUCGGACUGCUAGGCGCGCUGUGGUGAUAAGCCUUUUCCGAAAGAGACCAGUUGGACAUUGUAAAGACCGGAAUUUACACGUUGUGUGAUAUGGCUUCAAAGCACUAUAAUGUACUCUGCGCUGCGCGAUGUUAUGUGUGUAUGUAUGAAUGUGCGCUUCUACGCAAUAGGCAGGGAUGGACAGAGUUGGAGUGCGUGUAUGUGAAAUAGAAACGAUGGUUUAUACGCCAUUGUUCGCCGGAGGCAAAACGUGGGAAUGCUUAUUGAACCACUUUUAAUAGUUAGGUAUUGCGAGAAAGUAGAAAGGUUAAGUCGAAUAUAGAAGAGGUUCAAUAAAAAAAAUAUAUUUAAAAUGCUCUUUCUGCUCUCGCUAUUGGUGCUACUUGUCGUUUUUUACGGUUUGUAACGAUUCCAAAUCGGAAUUUUUACAUCAGAAUAUUUUCAAAUACUUACGUUUUACUCUCGCAUGGAAAAAAAUUUCAGCUUAAGGCAUUCGACCUUCAUUCGACUCGUUAGUAAAUUCAAAUAUAUACCAUCGCGCAUAUAUGGCAGAUACAGUUGCACUCCACAAACAUUUCCCCGGGAUAAGGCACCGAUUCGUGAGGUAGAAAGGGACAUAGUAGCCUCCUGAAGCGUAACGCAAGUGAGAGAACAAGAAAACAUUACUACUAAUUAAUUAACUUAUAUCAAAUUGAUGAUAAUUUGCAGCUUAGCGAUGAUGAUAAUGAGAAGAAAAAAAAUAGGGAUCCUAACUUAUAAACAUUUACCCAUUGCAAUUCCUUAUUGAAAGCAGAAAAUAAACACAAAACAUCGGCGAAGCAAGCUGACUACCGUUUAGAGCGAAGGAUCAGAUUUGUAGUCUUAAUUCCAUAUUUUUUCCGCUCUCCCGCUCAACAAAAAAAAUGGUUGGGGAGAUCGGUUAAGAAAAACAUCGAAACUGCGUUUUUUGUAAUAUGUUUUAUUCUCAUUUUCGGAUCAUGCAUCCCCAUUCGAACCGGGUUUUUUUUAAGUACAACUAAAAAUAACAAGUCGUGCUAACUAGAGACGUACUCAAAUAUUUUAGUGAUGCCUGCUUGAAUUCAGUCAAGGAUAUGUUUGUUUGAAACACAAAUUACAGCCGCUUAUUACUACUGAGGUGUUAUCAAGUGUAGGAGAUCAUAGCGUUGAUCGUGUUACAGAGUAGCCAUACAUUACGUGGUUUCGUUGCGCAGUUAUUAUUGGAAUUUCCGUUCUAGAAAUAAAAGAUGUUUUAUAUACUUUUGCCUUUUGUUAGAAACGAGAAAAAAAUGCAUCUGCCACCAACUAAUUUAUGUGAAUAAUCCUUUAUAUAUGUAGACGUUUAUCAAAAACAAAAACCAGCGUAGCUCACGUCAGAUUGAGAACGACAUAAUACCUAGUAACUCAGUAAUUAAAAAAACAUACGACCUUCAUGUAGCUAAUCUGUAAUUAUACCGACUUUUCAGCAGAGGAUCAAAAAGUUUGGAUGAUUAAAUCAGUAACACUGUAGGGAUAAUGAGAAUGAAUUAUUGCAAAAAAGAAGUUUCCCGUA